AUGAGUUCCACAUGUCGCGAGUACGGCAGUAUCCGCUCCUCCUCCCCGUCGCCUUCGGUCAUGCUUCAGGACGACAACCAGGCUAUUCGUGAAGGUCAUCCGGACAGCGAUGUCAACCACGACGACAACUCCGAGGCCAAUGGAGGAGUUUCUGACCAGCUCCGCGGAGUCAUGUGGCUUCUCCUGACCGAGUUGAUCGCAUCUGUGAAUGCCCUGAUCACUCGCUAUCUCGAGACCUUUCCCGGAAAGAACUUACACCCGUUCAACAUCAUUUCCUGGAGAAUGACCAUCGCUUUCGCUGUUUGCCUCGCAAUUGGAUGGUGGAAGAAGGUCUCCCACUUUCCGCUGGGCCGCAGGGAUCUCCAGCCAUUGUUGUUGCUGCGUGGAUUGGGAGGGUUCGUGGGUGUUGUGGGCUUCUACUCUGCUCUCGUUUACUUGCCUCUGCCAGAUGCCACGGUGAUCAGCUUUCUCGUGCCGACACUGGUGGGCAUAGCCUGUGCGAUCAUCCCAGCCAUUCGGGAGCCCUUCACCCUCAUCGAGAGGCUCUCCGCCUUUGUUGCGUUCAUCGGAGUCGUCCUGAUAGCCCGGCCUUCGUUCUUGUUCCUUCCGCUGGAUGGAAGUGGAUUCACCGCCGCUCCUGAAUCCCAGAGGAUCUUUGCAGUUGCGCUCGCCCUGUUCGGCGUGUGUGGCUCCUCGACCGCCUAUACGUGUCUCCGCUGGAUAGGCAAGCGGACGGACCCGCUCAUCCCGGUAUCAUACUUCCUAGGCUUCGGUUCCAUCACGUCGAUCAUCUGCCUCGCCACCGUGCCAGCACUUCCUGGUCUCAUCCUACCGGCGGAUCGGUUGGAGUGGGGAUGUGCUCUUGUGCUUGGUCUAGGAGGGUUGCCCAUGCAGUGGGCUUUGACGAGAGGCAUGCAGUUGACAAAAGGGUCGAUCGGCUCUCAGAUCAUCGCUUCUCAAGUGAUCUUUGCGUUGUUCUGGGAGAUGGUGGUUUGGGGUGAUUUUCCUGUUGGCACCAGUUUAGUCGGAAUUCUCCUCAUUAUUGGCAGCCUGACGUUUGUCAACUCCUACAAGGAGAAGAAAGUGGAAUGUGUACGAGGGGGUGGGCCAGAUGAGGAAUCGAGGCUUCUUCCUGUUGAUUGUGAAGCCGUUUAGGCCGGG